ACUGCCCAGCCGACGAUUACGGGUGUCUGGAGUGAGCUCUAGUGGGACCCUUUCAUCUCUCUCACACACAUUUUGUGACCCUCUCUCUCUCUCUGAAACUACCGAGUCUUUUUGGUUUGGUUUCCAUGGCUGGCUCCGGUUCCGGCCAGCCUCACUACAGAGGCGUGAGGAAGAGGCCGUGGGGUCGCUACGCCGCCGAGAUCAGAGACCCGUGGAAGAAGACUAGAGUCUGGCUCGGCACAUUCGACACGCCGGAGGAGGCAGCUCUCGCCUAUGACGGCGCCGCCAGGUCCCUCCGCGGAAACAAGGCCAAGACCAACUUCCCGGCGCCGCUGACCAGAGGAGAUCUCUCCCUCGACCUCAACGUCUCCUCCGCCCAGUGGGCCUCCCACUCCGGCCGUCUCGUCGAGUUCCUCCACACCGGCGUCUUGAACGACGUCGUGAAGAGCGAGGAGGCGGCGGGGUCGACGUCGUUUGUGGUGUCCAGAGGCCCCCGGCCUCCGGUUGUGGGGAGUAGCUUGGUCCAGGAAGGGUCCAGCACGGCGUCGUAUCUCGGGUUCGUCCGACGUGGCUUGCCCAUUGAUCUCAACGAGCCUCCUCCGUUGUGGCUGUAAAUGACCAAACUACUUUGCCGGUGUUAUUUAGUCUGUUAGUCAUCCAUGGCGUCGUUCCCUUUUUUUUUUUUUUUUUUUCCGAGUUUUAUCUGUUUCUUCAUCUUCGCUGUGUUUGAAGAUCGAGAAGUUGAGAGAGAGGUAGUGUAAUGUAAUCACCACUGUAAUGUAAUGUAACAACGAUGGACCCAGUUUAGCUAGCUUAGCUUUCUGUAUAUGUGAAUUUCCAGUUUUAUGAAACAAUCUAAGUUUAUAUUUUCCAAGAA